UUUUUUGACGUCUGAGCCGGAUGAAUGCUCUCAGAAUUUGUCAUUACUAAUGCUUCAUAAUUUGACGACGUCAGAGAUUUUCGGUCGCUGGGAUUAAUUUUAGGUUAAGGGAAUUUGGAUUUCGAUCGAGCUCGCUAGGGACUAAGGGUUAAUUCCGAGAUGGAUGAAGACGACAUUGAGAAGGCGGUGAUAGCGUAUCUGAAAAAGAAGGGUUUCAAGCAAACGGAGCUUGCUUUCCAGGAGGAGCAUCAGAAACAGAGCAAAAACAUCAACAACUCUUCCUCUCUAUCCAACACUAACUCCUCGGCCAGUUCUCACACUGACCCUGAUAUUGCCAAGCAAAUUCUCUCUUUCUCACAGUCUGAAAACGUUCCUGCAAAGUAUCAUGAGGGGUACAGCAAGCUUCGGUCUUGGGCAGAUAGUUCUCUCGAUUUGUAUAAGCAUGAAUUGCUUCGUGUCUUGUACCCUGUAUUUCUCCACUGUUUCAUGGAUCUUGUGGCUAAAGGUCAUAUUCAGGAAGCCCGAGCCUUUUUCAAUAGCUUCCGGGAAGACCAUGAGAUGAUGCACUUACGUGAUCUCCAGAAACUAGAAGCUGUUCUGUCACCAUCACAUCUAGAGGAAAUGGAAUUUGCACAUUUUUUACGGCAAAGCAAAGUGAACAUAAAAAUGUGCCAGUAUUCCUAUGACCUUUUGCUGCAAUACUUGCACAAGGCACAGGCCAUUGUGAUGCUUGGGAUUAUCAAUGAGCACAUAAACUUUCAAGUUUCUCCUGGACAGCCAAGUUCGGUUUCAGAUGAUGCUGAAGUUGUAACUCUUAUUGGGAGUGGCCAAGACGCUGCUAGUUUAAUAAAUCAGAAAGAAAUUCAGUGGGGAUUGCUUGAAGAUUCCAUAGAAGAGCGGUUUGAGAAGGCAGGAGGUCUGCUUUCAGAUUCAGAGAAGGUUGAGGGAGAAUCUAAAGAAGGAGAAGCUGAAGAAAACAAGACAAAAUCAGUUGAAGGAGGAAAGCAAGGCCCUUCUCUGAAAAAGCUGAAAAAGGACAAGGUUGGAGGUCCAACAGGGAAAGUUUCUCACAUAGAGGGUGGCACAACAUCUGCUGCACCACAUGUUAAACCAGAGUUACCUUUGCCAGCAAUACCUAUGGAGGUAGAACACUCUAUUCUUGAAGACUUGAGGAACCGUGUGCAGCUGAGUAGCAUGGCAUUGCCAUCUGUGAACAUGUAUACCUUUCUCAAUACUCAAAAUGGACUAAACUGUGCAUCAAUAUCUCAUGAUGGAUCACUGGUGGCUGCUGGGUUCUCAGAUUCUUCAUUAAAGUUGUGGGAUAUGGCAAAGCUUGGGCAACAACCUGGGAAUGCUUCCUUGCAGGGUGAUAUUGACUCCCCUCCAAGUGAGCAGGUGCUUGGUGCAAAUGGACAACGAAGAUGUUAUACAUUAUUUCAUGGUCAUUGUGGACCUGUUUAUUCUGCAUCCUUCAGUCCUUAUGGUGAUUUUCUCCUAUCGUCAUCAUCAGAUUCAACCAUUCGGUUAUGGAGCACGAAGUUAAAUGCAAAUCUUGUUUGCUAUAAGGGCCAUAAUUAUCCUGUAUGGGAUGUUCAGUUUAGUCCUGUUGGGCAUUACUUUGCCAGUGCUUCACAUGAUCGAACAGCAAGGAUCUGGUCAAUGGACAGAAUACAGCCUCUGAGGAUAAUGGCCGGUCACUUAUCUGAUGUUGAUUGCGUGCAAUGGCAUGCAAACUGCAACUACAUUGCAACUGGAUCAAGUGACAAAACUGUUCGCUUGUGGGAUGUCCAGAGUGGCGAGUGUGUCAGAAUUUUCAUUGGCCAUAGGAGUAUGAUAUUGUCGUUGGCAAUGUCACCUGAUGGUCGUUAUAUGGCAUCAGGUGAUGAAGAUGGAAAAAUCAUGGUGUGGGAUCUUGCAAGUGGUCGUUGUAUUACCCCUUUGGUUGGUCACGCCUCUUGUGUAUGGACACUUGCUUUCAGCUGUGAAGGUUCUCUUCUUGCAUCUGGUUCUGCUGAUUGCACUGUGAAAUUAUGGGAUGUAACCACGAGUACUAAGAUGCCAAAAUCUGAAGAGAAUAAAUCUGGAAGUACCAAUAGGCUUCGAUCAUUGAAGACUCUCCCUACUAAAUCCACUCCAUUAUAUGCUUUGCGGUUUUCUCGAAGAAAUCUUCUCUUUGCUGCUGGUGCUUUCUCAAAAAGUGCAUAAUAUUACAACAUAUUCACAUUGGAAAAUUUAGAGUGAUUAUGGCUUCUAGAUUUCGGUAUGCCAUCAAUUCCAA